AUGGAAAUUGAAUCAGAUAUACCAAAGAUUCCAGAUUACAAAUUAUCAGAACAACAAUUCUUAUUAACCAAUACCAAUCUUUCACAGAAUGAACGUACUAAACUCAUAAAUGAAAUCAUUGAAACCAUAAAGAAAGAUAACUUGGCUCCAUAUUACAAGUAUUUACAAUCUGAAAUACAAGAUUUCCCAUAUGAUGAAGCAUUAUAUCAAGAAAUGGCUUCAAAAAAUGAAGAAACCAUUUCGGAAUUGAAACAAAAGAUCAAAGAAGCUGAAAAUGAAGAAGAAACUGAAUUAGAUGUUGUAUCAACCACGGUGAAAUUAGCUGAAUAUUAUACUAAAAUUAUUGAUAGAAAGAAUGCUACUGAAACUUUUAAGAAAGUUUUAGAAAUUUGUUCUGGAACUGGGAAUAAAAUUGACCAUUUAUUGACUUUGGCAAGAAUUGAUUUCUUCUUUAAUGAUUUCCCACAAGUUGCAAAACAUUUGGAUCAAAUUAAAAACUUAAUUGAAAAAGGUGGUGAUUGGGAACGUCGUAAUAGAUUUAAAGCUUAUAAUGGUAUCUAUUUAUUAGCUACUAGAAACUUUAGUGAGGCUGCUAAAUUAUUAAUUGAUUCAUUGGCAACAUUUACAUCAACUGAACUUUGUUCAUAUGAACAAAUUGCUCAUUAUGCAAUUGUAGCUGGUGUUAUUUCAUUGGAUAGAGUUGAUUUAAAAGAGAAAGUCAUUGAUUCUCCUGAAAUCUUAUCAAUUUAUUCUUCAGCUCCAGAAUUAGAACCAUUAUUGAAUUUAACUAAUUCCUUAUACACUUGUCAAUAUAAUUACUUUUUCCAAUAUCUUUUAGAAACGUAUGAUAAACUAUUAUUACCAAAUAAGUUUUUAUAUAAACAUGCUAAUUAUUUCUUAAGAGAAAUGAGAUGUAAAGCUUAUGGUCAAUUAUUAGAAAGUUAUAAAUCUUUAUCAAUUAAAUCAAUGGCACAAAAUUUCAAUAUAACUGAAGAAUUCUUGGAUCACGAUUUAUGUAAAUUCAUUCCAAAUAAGAAAUUGAAUUGUACUAUUGAUAAAGUUAAUGGAAUUAUUGAAACUAAUAGACCUGAUAAUAAGAAUAGUCAGUAUCACUUGUUAAUUAAACAAGGUGACAAUUUAUUGACUAAAUUACAAAAGUAUGGAGCAGCAGUCAAGUUGAGUGGUGCUGAAAGAGUAGUCUAA